GGGGGGGGGGGAUCUGAAAACAGAGGGAGGGUCACAGAAAGUAGAAAAUGGGUGAGUGUUGUUGAGCCAGCUAAAGCAGAGAGGAAGACAGAAAGUGAGGGGCCUAGCGGGUGAAGUUAGCAGGAGGGGAGAGGUAUGAGGGGACAGCUCUUGAAGUCAUUCUUCUCUUUGGUGAUCACUCUCUUCUGUGUGGGGAGCCUGCUGACCACUUUCAUCUGGUACAUGGUCGACAACAAUAAUGUUGAACCUCAGAGGCCGCCUCCUCAAAAGAAAAGUGCCCCCCAGCCCUCUGACCCCUGUAAAGGCUGCAGGGAGGUCAUCAACAAAGUAAUAGAGCGUUACUCUAAACCCUGGAAGAAGCAGGAAGACAAUUACCAAAAGUUCAGAUCUCAGCUGAGCAGCAAGUGCCAUGGUUUUGACAAGGCCAUCAUAACCCAGGCCAACACUCCAGUGGGAUCAAAGCUUGUGUAUGACGGAGAAAAGAAGAGGACCCUCCAGGUCACCCCAGAGAUUUUCAGCACCUUUGCAAAGGAGCAUCCGUUCCCAAAUAAAACAUGGGACACGUGUGCUGUUGUUGGGAACGGAGGGAUCCUGACCAACAGCAGCUGUGGAAAGAUGAUCGAUUCCGCUCAAUUUGUUAUCAGAUGCAACCUACCUCCUUUGGAUAAAGGCUAUGAGAAACAUGUGGGCAUGAAGACAGACCUUGUGACAGCAAACCCAAGCAUCUUCCUAGAGAAGUAUGGGGCUCUAAUGGGACGUCGUCGUCCGUUCGUGGAGAGUCUGCGUAGCUAUGGCAACUCCUUGCUGCUCCUUCCCGCCUUCUCCUAUGGCCACAACACUCCUGUGUGCAUGCGGGCCGUCUACAGCAUUGAGGACUUUGAAAGCCCCACCAGGCCCGUCUUCUUUAACCCUGAGUACCUCCAGCAUCUGGCCCUCUUCUGGCGCUCCCAAGGCCUACGAGCAGUGCGUCUCAGCACCGGCAUAAUCAUGGCCAGCCUGGCGCUGGAACACUGUGCCAAUGUGCAUCUGUACGGGUUCUGGCCCUUCAGUAAUCACCCACAUGGACUCUAUGUCCUGACUAACCACUACUACGAUGACAGACAAACUAAAACGAAAUUCCACGCCAUGCCUGCUGAGUUUGAUCUCUUGUUGCGGCUGCACAGUCAGGGGGUGCUCAGGCUUCACCUGGGAGAUUGUUGACCAGCUGAAAAGUAGUUCCCAGACCCAGAGGCAGCUGACAGAAUAGGAGCAAAGUGCCUUGUUUGUAGCCCAGUCGCUCGUGAAAUCCUUCAUAUACUUUUUAAAUGAAUGGACAGAUACAUUUUGGCUGAUGACAUGGAUUAAGUGUGUCCAAGCAAGGUGGAUGCUUGGACUUGUGAAUGCUGAGUUAGCCCAUCAGCAGCCAAGACAUUUGCACUGAAAUCAAGAUGCAACAAUCAUGAGGCUUACAGUGUAUCUAAAAUUGUAUUUAUUUUGUUUCAGCUGGAGCCUGGAUGCAGAUAUUUUGAUUUCUAAGGGAAUCCUUUGUGGAAGUCGAAAAUAUAGUGCCUUGUUUUGGAUCAAACUGAAUGUAUUUUGAAGAAAAUCAAAUACCUCCUUUACAUGAAGAUUGUCUGGGUAAAACACUUUAACGUUUAAUGAAAACUGACGCACUCUGAAUGUAAAGAAUCUUUUGAUAUUUGUUGGCAACUCUCAUGUGGAAAUGUAUCGUACUUACACAUUAAUCAGACAAUUGUUA